GCUUUUCACUGUUUAAAUGUUCUUCAUCCAACAGAGACAAACUGCUGGAGGAAAAUAAUUCAUCUGACAGCAAAGAUGCAGUGGAGUCUGAUUCUGCUCUUCCUGAUGGCUCAGUGUUGUUUCAUGGACUGUCAGCUCUAUCAGUUUCACUACAUUAAUGAGAGUAAGACCUGGACUGAAGCUCAGCAGUACUGCAGAGAGAAUCACACUGACCUGGUCACAGUGACUAACAUGAAGGACAUGAAGAGACUCAUCAACAUCUCAGCUGGAGAUCAGAGUGAAGCUUGGAUUGGUCUGUAUGAUCAAACACUUGGUAACAGAACAUGGCGCUGGUCUCUGCCUGGAGUGGAGUUCAAUGAAAGUGAGACAAACUGGUAUAAUGGAGAACCAAAGGAUGGAAGGAACUGUGCACAUAUGCUUCUAAAAGUCAAAUGGCUAUCUAUUGAUUGUAGUUUCCCUUCAUAUUUCCUUUGUUAUAAUGAAAGUGAUACAUCCCAUAAAUAUCACUUGAUUAAAGAGCAGAAGUCCUGGCUGGAAGCUCAGAGUUACUGCAGAGAGAAUCACACAGACCUGAUCAGUGGAACGAAGCAGCUACAGGAUGAAGAAGUGAAGAUGAUGAUGAACUCUGCAGACUUUGAAAAAGUAUUCAUUGGUCUGUUCAGAGACACCUGGAGGUGGUCAGAUGGAAGCAGUUUCUCUUUCAGACACUGGAAUCUGAAGUUUGACAAUCAUAUAAUCAACAGUGGUCAAUGUGCCAUGACUGUGUUUGAUGAUGGAGGCAGAUGGAAGAAUGAGAACUGUGAUGAAAGAAAACCCUUCAUCUGUUAUGAUGAUAAAUUGAUCCUGAUCAAAGAAGCGAUGAACUGGCAUGAGGCCUUAACCUACUGCAGAGAGAACCACCAUGACCUGGUCACCAUCACCAACAUGGAUGAUCAGAGAUCAGUUCAGCAGGAAGCCCAGUUUGCCUCGACUCCUUUUGUCUGGAUUGGUCUGCGUUUCAACUGCAGUAGGAAUGUUUGGUUCUGGGUUUGUGAUAACUGGACCUGGAAUGAACAAAAUGACUGUAACAUGUUUGGAGCCAUGCAGGCAGGAGGAGAACAUCGGUGGUUCCAAAGAAACGGCAGUGAGAGAUUUAACUUCAUCUGUUCCAAAUAUUAA